AUGGUCAAGGCCAACUUGACCGUCAUUUCACAUUUUAUUUUUCUGGGAUUUACUCACUACCCCAAAAUUGAAGUUACUAUAUUUGUGCUGUGUCUGCUGAUGUACUUGAUCACCUUGCUGAGUAAUGUUAUUCUGAUUUCUAUCACCAUCCUGGAUUCCCACCUACAUACACCCAUGUACUUCUUCCUCAGCAACCUUUCCCUUCUGGAUGUCUGGUACACCUCUUCUGCUUUCACUCCAAUGCUGGCAAACUUCAUUUCAGGGAAACGCACCAUUUCAUUCUCAGGAUGUGCCACUCAGAUGUACUUCUCUCUUGCCAUGGGCUCCACUGAGUGUGUGCUCCUGCCCAUGAUGGCAUAUGACCGGUAUGUGGCCAUCUGCAUCCCCCUGAGAUAUCCCAUCAUCAUGAACAAGAGGGUUUGUGUGCAGAUUGCAGCUGGCUCCUGGGUGACAGGCUGUCUCACUGCGCUGGUGGAAACAACGUCUGUGCUGCAUCAGUCUUUCUGUGGAAGUAACAUCAUCAAUCAUUUCACUUGUGAAAUUCUGGCUGUCUUGAAACUGGUUUGUGUAGACAAAUCCAAGGUGGAGUUAAUCAUGCUGGUGAUCAGUGUACUCCUUCUCCCUAUGCCAAUGCUCCUCAUUUGUAUCUCUUAUGCAUUUAUUCUCUCCAACAUCCUGAGAAUCAGCUCUGUGGAUGGUCGAAGCAAAGCCUUUUCAACGUGUGCCGCCCACCUGACUGUUGUGGUUUUGUUCUAUGGGAUAGCUCUCUCCAUGUAUCUAAAACCCUCAGUUGUAGAUUCACAGGAAAUAGAUAAAUUUAUGGCUUUGGUGUAUGCUGGAGUAACCCCCAUGCUGAAUCCUAUCAUCUAUAGUCUACGGAACAAAGAGGUAAAGGCGGCUGUGAAAAAAUUGCUAAAUAGGAACACCGUUUGUGCUCUUUUAAUCACUAGUAGCAAAUAAUUUUGAUAAAUAUUAAUAUAAGAGAUGUUUAGUUGUUUAUAUAUACCAGAAAAUUGGGAUAAU